AUGAGCUUUUUUGGAGGCGGCGGCGGCGCCUUUGGCCAAAAUGCUCAGUCGACCAUGGGAAGUGCUUUUGGAGGAGGAGCUUUCGGACAGCAGCCGGCUCAGCAGCAACAGCCUGCAUUUGGAGGCUUCGGACAACCGCAGGCAUCAGCGUUUGGCGCCCCAGCCGCUGCCCCUGCCUUUGGUUUUGGUCAGACAACCUCUGCCUUCGGCGCGCAAGCAGCGGCUCCUGCCUUUGGUGGGAAUCCCUCCACUGGAGGAUUCUCUUCCUUUGGUAGCACUGGCAGCGCUUUCGGCGCCAACCCAGCACAACCGGCAGGGUUUGGCUUCGGACAAACAUCAUCGCCUUUCGGCGCUCCUGCGGCGAAUCCUUCGAACCCCUUCGGUCAACCAUCGCAAGCUGGCUUCGGCUUUGGCCAGACUGCACCUGCACAGACUGGAGGCUCUUUCUUUGGUGGCGGAGGAUUCGGAGCGAACACCGGGGUUGCCCCAACAUUCGGAGCAUCGUCUUCAGCCUUUGGAGUCUCCAGUGGUGCUGCCCCAGGGUUUGGAGGGUUUGGGAACACGGCCCAGCAGGCAGCACCGCCAGGAACUCCGAACACUUCUGUGCAGCCUUACGAAGCGACCAAAGGGCCGGAUGGUACCGGAACAGCAUCGGCAAGCACUCAGGGAAACUACAUGUCUAUCACCCAUAUGAACACAUAUGCCAAUUAUUCUUUUGAAGAGUUGCGUGUCGGCGACUACAUGAUGAACCGCAAGAAGAAAGACAACGCCGCAGGGGGGACGUUUGGAGCCACUUCCACCUUCGGAGCUGCUCAGCAACAGAAUCCAUUCGGCCAAACUCAAGCGACGCCAGCGUUCGGAUCCACUCCCUUUGGCAACACUGGAGCUGCUUUCGGUGGGUUUGGGCAGACGCAGAGUGCUCCAGCAUUCGGUGGUGGUGGUUUUGGUGCUGCAACGGGAUCAGCAUUUGGUGGCUUCGGAGCUUCCACAGGGGCGGCAAAUCCCUUCGGUGCCAAGCCAGCUGCACCCUUCGGCGGUGGUUUCGGACAAUCACAAUCAGGCUCCCUCUUUGGAGCCUCAACAGGAGGCGCGUUUGGCAGCCCUGCUACCUCGUCACCUUUUGGCGCGUCGACUGGGGGAGGGUUUGGGGGGUUUGGGGCAUCUACAGGAGGAGCGUUUGGAGCAGCAGCAAAGCCAGCGACAGGGUUCGGUGGGUUCGGGCAGACGCAGGCAACGCCAUUCGGGAGCUCUCCCUUUGGAGCCUCGACGGGAGGGGGGUUUGGAGCACCGGCAACAUCGUCAGGCUUCGGAGGCUUCGGAGCUUCCACAGGGGCGGCAAAUCCCUUCGGUGCCAAGCCAGCUGCACCCUUCGGCGGUGGUUUCGGACAAUCACAAUCAGGCUCCCUCUUUGGAGCCUCAACAGGAGGCGCGUUUGGCAGCCCUGCUACCUCGUCACCUUUUGGCGCGUCGACUGGGGGAGGGUUUGGGGGGUUUGGGGCGUCUACAGGAGGAGCGUUUGGAGCAGCAGCAAAGCCAGCGACAGGGUUCGGUGGGUUCGGGCAGACGCAGGCAACGCCAUUCGGGAGCUCUCCCUUUGGAGCCUCGACGGGAGGGGGGUUUGGAGCACCGGCAACAUCGUCAGGCUUCGGAGGCUUCGGGGCCGCCACUGGUGGAUCCAUGUUUGGUCAACCAGCAAGCCCCUUUGGUGCGCAGCCGACCAUGCAAGUGGCCCAGGCUCCUCCUGUCCAGGUUGUGCUGCCGCAAACUCAAGCAGCAAAUACGAGUUGGAUGGCAGAUGUACAAAGUAAUCCAUACGGGAAUCUGAAGUUGAGGCCUUCAAACUCGGAAACAGCUCCUCGUCUCUUCUCGUCCGACCCUCAUGCUCAGAUUUCGAGUGAUACAGGCAACAACUCACCGUUGCGUUCAUCAUUUUCGCAGCCACCUCACGCUGGCCUUGGAGGAACCUUCAGGGCUAGAGCUGCUGGGUCGAACUCAGCAUCUCGCGGCAAGACGAGCAUCCGGCCGACGCGGAUCGAUGGAAGUUUGAGCCUGAGUGGCCCUGUGCCCUCUGGUCAGAUCCGGCCUGCAAAGGCCUCCCCAAGUCCAGGGCUAAUCUCGUCAUCCACACCAAGUCUGAGGCUGAGACCGUCGGCGGGCUCAUGGAGUACCAAAUUUAGUGAGAUGCUGGAGCGCAAAGAAUCCAGCAACGUCGAGAAACAGCUCUUCCAGUCCGAGUCGCCGGCUGUCGGAAAGGAAAAUGACAACCUGCAAGCCAGCACUCGAGAUAAUGUACAGAUAUCGGAUGGUAUGCGCAACCCAUCAAGUUUUGCGCCUGAGGAUUCGGCGUCCAACAACGUAAACAGCACUCCCAAUGCAAGAGGGAAUGCCCCUUUCAGUUAUGCUUCAAGUCAUCAGCAAGCUUUCACCCCCGUCGGGUCCUCGCAGGGCCCCCUAGCAAACGACAGCCUUCUCCCGAGCAAGCAAUACAACUCAAUGAUGUUUGCGGAUGCCACACAGGAUGGGAUAGAACUUGACAACUCGAUUAUACGGGAUGCGGAGAAGCUUCAUAGCGACAAGCGAACUGACCGGGGGAGUGAAGAUGCCUGGUCCAUCCGAACGUCCGACCUGACCUUCACAGCGUCACGAGAACCGCAAGACCUCAUCGUCCCGCGAGGUUUGACAAUCACGCAGAAGUUUCCGGAUGGCGAGGUGGAGAUAGAAUUCCUGCAGGACUAUGACCUACGAUACGGGCGAGGGGGAGUGCUCAUGGGAGAUGCCGACGGUACAGGGGGCGGGGCUGUUGCUCGCAUCCUUGCUCGGCAUGUGAAGAUUGAGGGAGCAACAAGUGUAGAUAUCUCAGAGCUGAGGGCGCUGGUCGCCGUCAGGAUGACCUCCUCGAAGCUCGGCCAGUACAUCUCGUCGAGAGAGCGACUGGAGAAGGUGAAGAAUCAAUGGACAGAGGCGCUGAAGCAGGAGAACUGGACGGUUCCAGAAGACGGGUUUUCCUACGACGAGAUGAGCAACUGCCUGUCGAUGAAGUGGGUCCCUUCAUGA